AACACACGAUGAAGCUAGAACUGGUCGGCGUCGUUGCAGCACUUUGGAUAGAUGGAGCCGCGGCGUAUCCCGCGCACAAGGGUGGCCCAACGUGCUGCACGCGCACGAUGAACGGCCGCGAGCACUUGCACCCGGCUCGCGACCCUGUCCCGCCGCCGACGGCCCACCAACGCCAUGAAAUCGACACCGUGUUUCCGAAAUCGUUUGACUGGUGCGAGCAAGGGUUCUGCGGGCCGUCGUGGAACCAGCACAUUCCACAAUACUGCGGGAGCUGCUAUCUCCACGGUGCGCUUUCGGCGGCCCAGGACCGCAUCAAGAUUCUGCACAAACAAAAGGGAUUCACCGGCGCUGACGUGACGCUCGGCCGUCAGAGCUUUCUCAACUGCGCGCCCGGCCACAACUACUCGGCGGGGUGCGACGGCGGCGAGGCCAUCGACGUGUGGCGAUUUAUGCAAGACUACGGGCUCCCGGAUGAAACGUGCUUGCCCUACAAUGCAACGGACUACACAAAGUACAACGGGACGAACGGAACGUGUCCGCCGGAAGGCUAUUGCAUGAAUUGCAUGUACACACCGGAGCUGCCGCUCAACGCGACAUGCUUUCCCGUGACCAAGAUGAUUCGGUACCGCGCCAAGUCGUUUGGAACCCUUCGCGGCGAGCACGCGAUGCUCCAGGAGCUUCUGCGUGGACCGAUCACGUGCGGCGUCGCGUGCAGCGAUGGCUUUUCGUACAAUUACACGGCGGGGAUUUUCCACGACACGACCGACUUUAUGGACAUCGACCAUGACGUCGAGAUUGUCGGGUGGGGCGAAGAAAACGGGGUCAAGUUCUGGCGUGUCCGCAACUCGUGGGGCUCGUACUGGGGCGAGAACGGCUUCUUUCGCAUUGUUCGAGGCAUCAACAACCUUGGCAUCGAAGCCGACUGCACCUUUGUCGAUCCCGAGAUUGGCGAAGAAGAUCUAGUGUGGGACGAGAGCCCGGCGUACGGCGGAUCGAUUUGGGGCAUCCGCCCGUACAACAAGGCCAAGGCAGUCAAGCAUCCGAUUCCCGACACGGGCGACGUCACGUCGUUGGAGCAACCAGUGCGAGAUGGCGACCACCCGUCUGUCUUGAACGCCAAGGCCCAUGGCCCCAUGGUCACGGCCUUUGCUCCGUACGCAAUCGUCGUUGCUCUUGGUGUCAUCGUCAUGGUAUUUGCAACCACCACGUCUCGCCGCCGAUCGAUGACGUACAGCCGCAUCCGCUAACGUUCUUUUGCGUGUUUCGACCGUGCUGCCAAACAUUCGUUUCGACUUUUUCUGCCCACCGUGGUGUGACACCACAGAAGGAAAUGGAGGCGAGUUGUCCGCGAGCCGUUGGGACCAGCACAUAGAUGUAUGAUCGACAUACUCGAAAAACGACACUCGGUUAAUCAGCUUCACAUUCGUUGAGGCAUCG